CUGGCCAUCUUCCUCUACGUCAAGUUCGUCGAGGCCAACUCGGACUGGGACUACCACGGUGACCCAUUCAACCGCAUUCUCAGGGUGAAUCGCCUCUUCUUCGACGAGGACUCCUUCACCUGCCAGCACCUGAUGGUCCUCGCCUACGUCGGUCUCAGCAGCCUCAUCGCAUCGUUCACCACCCUCAGCAUCAAGAGCCUCGGUGAGAUCAUCUCCCGUGGCAUAGGCGGUGACACCGCCAGUCUCCUUCACAGGAGCACCCUCCUCUUUGCAUCCUCAGUCGUCAUUUGCACCCUUCUACAGAUUUACUGGCUGAAUCGUGCUCUGGUUCGAUACGAUGCUCUUUUGGUGGUGCCAAUAUUCCACAUUUCAUGGACACUCCUAUCAAUCACAACUGCUGGAAUCUACUUCCAGGAUUUCGAUCACUUCUCGUCCCACCAGUUCAGGAUGUUUCUGUACGCAUUGGCAGUGAUAUUCUGUGGAUCACUCUUUCUGGGUGCACGAGUAGUAAACAAGAGAGACGUGAGGAGUAGGAGAAUAGAAAUACCAGAAGAAGAGAUAGUUACUAAUGUUGGGUAG